AUGGAGCUGAGAUCGGGGCGACGCCUGCGCUCGUCGGGAACGGCACCGAUCGGGUUCGCCUCUGCCAUGGAGUUGAGGUCGGGGCGCCGCAUCUGUUCCAGCCAGCAGGUACGCAUCCCAGAAGACCUCGGACCGGACCGUAUCAGCGCCCUACCCGACGAUCUGCUCCUCAUCAUCCUCGCCCGCCUCCGAUCCAUCGUCACCGCCGCGCGCACCGGUAUCCUCUCCCGCCGGUGGCGCAACCUAUGGACGCUCCUCUCCACGCUCAUCUUCCACAAUGUAAAAUACUCCUCGCUCGAACCGGUGCUAGCCCGCCUUGUCUCCCCCGCCGUCUCCCUUCUCGAGAUCCACAUCCCCAUCACGAGGAGGCAGCCCGAUCGUUGGGACUGGUGGGAGCACAUGUCCCCUGUCGAAGUGUAUAUGGACGCUGGUGUCACCUCGCUACUGCGUGCCGCCGCACGGCUUGAGCCGGAGGAGCUCGUGUUCACCAUCGACAAGGUAAAAGGCAGCCAUGUCGAUGUGCCCUACUUCCGCCGUGCCGCCUCGAUCGUGCUAAAAGCAAACACCUUUAGCGCCCCUUUCCACAUGCCACCCGGUGUUGAGUUUGUCGCUCUCGAUACACUAUCCCUCUCAUGCUCUAUCACUGGCCUCGAUGACCUCAUCUCCCGGUGCCCACGCCUCCGCGUCCUCCGACUCAAGGUGCCCACCAAAAAUUACUUGGUGAUGGUCCACUCCACGUCGCUGCAACAGCUAUUCGUGAACACCCGAGAUGGCACAAGUCGCGUUGACAUUGAUGCCCCCGUGCUUAGGCGAUUGUCCAUGUCAUUACGCCCUUACAGGCAACUGGACAUCUCCGUCAUGGCACCAAUGAUGGAGACCAUCUCAUGGUACUGCUCUUAUUGCUAUGUGAGGUUGGCUCCUGGUUUUGGUAGCUGGCGGCUCAAUGAGCUAAGGAUACAAAUGGCACAGAGGCAAGAAGAGCUCCCUUCGUUGCACAUUGAUGCUAGCAUGGUGUGUCCUCUAUUUCUCAAUUACUCACUACGACUGCCAAGUGUUGACUGA